AUGACGACUUUUGGUCCUGAACCUCUCUCUCUCCCCCUCCCCUCCUCCUCUCGAACCCACCUUUCACGUCGUCUCAUCUUGUCAUGCACUUUUGUCGUCACACCUGAAUCGACUCGUCUCCCCUCCUUUAUAAAGAUCCUUUCUCUCCUCUCUUCCUCUCCUCCUCCCUCACACCCAAACGCGCUCCAACCUAUCUAGUGGUUCCUCCAUCUCUACGUUGUCAACGAGUUUCGGCUAUUCUCCUCCCCUAGCUGUAGUCUUGGUUUUUUCUCAGAUUUGCGCUCGAACGUAAAUGCUAAACCUUUCUCAAAGCCAAUCGAGUUUUGGCCGAGAGCCGCAGGGAUCAGCGAAACGCAUGAGGUGGUCCAUCACGCAUCACGCGAGGCGGACCCCACAUUCCCGUCCUCCCCCCGUCCGUUCAAGCUGGGAACGUCCCCACUGCAAUGACCUCACGCCUUGACCUCCCUCGAUCUGACUCACCAGGACCUCAUGACAACACCAAACCCUUGCUCUACACGAGCCCAAACUCAUCGUCAUCCUCGUCCCCCAGAUGUGUGGUCAUCUACUUGCACGGUCGAGGUGGAUCACCGGAAGAGGACUUGCCCGUGUUUAGGCCUACGUUCGAUAAGCUGAAUGAGGAGAUGGCGGGAAGCGUGGAGGGGGUGUUUUUAAGGGCGCAGGAUGAGAUUUGGUAGGUACUUGCUGAGGUGGUAUGGAAGUUGAUGUCGGGGUGGAGCUGACGGGGCGGGGCCGGAAGUGGGGCCCUGGCUCAAGGGUUGAAAUGCCUCAGCAGGGUGGUGUCGCGACCUUUCCAGAAUUGACUGACAGCUUAUAUCAUUUCUCGUGUAUCCAAACAGGUACCCGAACCACUGGGACCAACCCCCGAUAUCACAAGAACCCUACCUCACCUCCGCGCUAUGCCUCAUCGACCGCACGAUCACCUCCCUCUCCGUACCUUCGAACCGCGUCAUCCUCGCCGGGUUCUCCCAGGGCGCUUCCCUAGCUUUGAUCUACGCCCUUUCACAUCCUGAUAAACCGCUGGGUGGUGUUCUGGCUUUGUCGGGGAGUAUCAUUGGUGCGCCUGAAGAUUUCCCGGGGACGGAAAUGGAUCCUUUGAUGCCGAUUUACAUCGGAUGGGGGGAUGAAGAUAGGUAUUAUAGGCCCAGUCGGGUGGAGAAGGAUGUAGAGGGUCUGAAGGCAAGAGGGGGCAAGGUCGAGUUGAGGUUGUUUCCUGGCAUGGGACAUUUCGUUACGGCUGCCGAGGUGGAGAAACUUGAGGAGAUGAUUAGGGACGUGAAGGGGAUGAUUUGGCAGGUGUGCUGA